AUGGAUGAGCACUUGAUGUUAUCCCAUCCUUCUAACUCAGCCCGCUACUCACUGGACUAUGCAAUUUCCACAGAGGAAAUGUCAAGAAUGAGAGCGAGAUGGGAGAAGAUAUCCCCAUCCCUACAGAGGUUGUCAAGUAGAUGGACAAUCGGCUCAAGCAGCCAGCCCACCACACUCACCAUAUCAGAGGCUCAUAGCUCUCGGAUAGUCCUUGAGCUUCACAGAACCACGACACCCGAAGAUAUGGACCACGCACCUAUGGACCUCCAGGCCAACGUAGGGAGCCCUGACUUGGAGGAUAGGGAAUCGGGUGAUCAGCCAAUCUCUGAUCCAGAGGAUGUACCCAGCACCUGUCCAGCAUCCCCUGCAAACUACGAUUUCAGGUCCCAUUUUGGUACAAAGCAAAGGACUAGAUCUGGCCGCCAGCGACAAGUUGUUGGAGAAGAGGAUAUCUUUGGUGGAUGCUGCUGUGGUGAAUCGCCAUCUGAGAAUGAGAUAGCAGCAGGGCAAACAGUUAAGUGUGCUCAUAUUGGGUGUGAGUAUGGCUGGUUUCAUUUAGAGUGUGUUGACCUGUGUCGGGCAGAGGAAAACUGGAAAUGUCCUGACCACCAGCCCAAGAAGCAGCAUCGCGCCCAAAAGUAG